AUGUUCGAGGAGAAACUCAUCGUCGGAGUGGCUUCGGCCUGCUCCACAGUGGCCAUCGUUGCCUGCCUCAUUGUGGUCCCAUCUCUCUACAACACCAUCAAUGAGAUCCACGAUGAGGUUCUCGACGGUGUCUCCGUGUUCCGCGUCGAGACUGACUCCGCCUGGACCCAGAUGAUGGACUUCCAAGCCGGAGACGGGAAAGGUCGUACAGCCAUCAGUGUGGAGCGUCUUGGCUUGGUGGGCGGAUUAGCUAGUCGCGCGGUAUAG